AUGAAUAAACCUUAGAAGAAAAGAAGGCAGUCUACUAUUUAUAGAUAAUCUAUAGCUUUAUAAGAAUUCUCUUAGAAAUUACUUGAGAAGAAUGAUUUAUUGGCAUCAGAGAUAUAGAAAAUAGUUAAAAAGUUAUCGGUAGAGCAAAGAAUGAAGAAAGCAAUUAGACAUAUUUAUGAUGCUUAUUAUUUGAGAACUAUAAGGAAUGAUAUUGAUUUAGCGAACAAAAAAUACUUAAAAUUCUUUUGGUAUUUAGAGAAUAAUCAAUUUUGGAUUGGUUUUCUAUUUCUGUUAUCACUAAUCUAUUAGAUUAUAACAUUCUUUGAAUUACCAUUUACAGAUUUGGAAAAGGAAGAAGAUGGAAAUGUAUUGAUAAUAGAAGGGAUAAUCUUAACAUUUUUGGGAAUAGACUCCAUAAUUACAAUAAUACUUAUGAUAACAAAAAAGGAAAAUAGAUUAGCAUUUAAUCCAAAAAGGUAAUUUAAAUUGAUAAUUUACUAUACAUGUUUAAUUGAUUUCAUAAUACAUAAUAAAGAACCAAAUACAAUGAGAUUCAGUAGAAUAUUAAGAACAUUAUUAAUGCCUAUGUAUUCAAAGGACUUAAGAAGAAAUUUAAAAGGAAUAAUGAAAGCUAGUCGAGAUUUAUUUAUUUUAAUUUUACUUUACUUAAUCAUAAUAUCUAUAUUUUCAUUUGUGGGUAUAAAUUUGAUUGGACGUUUAGAGAAUGUAGAUAUGAAAACAUAGGAUUAUGGAGACUUUUUUAAAUUUUUUUCAAUGUUAUUUAUGGUGGCUACUUUAGAUUUUUAUCCUGAUAUUAUAAUUCCUCCAAUGUUAUAAGGUACUUUUUACAGUCUAUUUUUUAUAAUUUAUUUGUUACUCUUUAUAUUUUUAUUUGCUCCUAUUCCACUUGCAGUUGUUUAUGAAGGAUUUAGAAGUCAUAGAAUGGAAAUAGCAAUUAAUGAUAUUAUAAAAUAGAAAUCAGCAAUGAUGGCUAGUUUCAUUUCUUUAGAUUUAUAGGAUCAGGGAUAUUUAACACAUGCAUAAUUUUAAGAAUUUAUAGAAAAUUUUUAUGAAAAUCUAAUUAGUAAAGAAGAUUUGACUAAUUUGUUUUCUUUGAUUGAUUAAGAUUUCAAGUAAAAAUUUAAUAAUAAUUAGUGAUAAGGUUCAAUUUGAUGAGUUCUAUAAAUUUCUUCAUUUAAUUUAAGAUGGUUCUAAUUUCAAAUUACCAGAAAGUAAACCAUUAUAAUGUUGGUAAUCUUUGAGAGAUUAUUUAAAUUCUAAGGGUUUAAUAAGUUUCGUAGAAGGAAAUGUAUUAAUAUUUAAAUAUUUUAGUUAUUUAGUAUAAGUAUGCUUAUUAUAACAAUUACUAAUUGUGUAUUGAUUGUAACAGCAUUUAUUAUUGAAGAUUCAGAGAUUUUGGAUAUAUUUACAUUAUUAGAUACAGUUUUCUUAGUAUUUUACAGUCUUGAAUGCAUAAUUAAAAUUAUAGCCUUAGGUAUAAAACGAUAUUUUUAGGAUGGAUGGUAUUAGAUAUAAAUUAUCUUAGGAAUAUAUUUGAUAUAUCAUUAGUAAUCUUACAGAUUAUUUUUGAUUAUAUUUUAUUUAAUAUCGUAUCUGGAAAUAUAGUUUAAUCGAUUAAAGCAAAUAGAUUAUUAAGAUUAGCAAAGAUAUAAAAAGUUUUUAGAUUAUUUCGAGCUUUUAGAUCAAUCAAAAUACUAAAUUUUUUGUUAUCUGGAUUAGAAUUUUUGGAUAUCAUAAAAAAUUUACUUUAUAAGAUUAUUAUCUGUGUUCCAUUAAUUUUUAGAUUAUUAUUGCCUGUUUAAAUGAUAUUUUUCAUAUAUUCUUGUGUAGGGAUGUAUUUAUAUGGUAAGAUUUAAAGAAAUCCAGAGAAUCCAUAUGCUAAUUCAGAAUGUAAUGCUGAUAUAUUUGAAUAUCAAUGGGGAAGUUGUAAAUAUGCGGAUUUCACAUCAUUUUCAGGAUCAUAUCUAAUGAUGUUAUAAAUGUUUAUAGCAGCAGAAUGGAAUCAAGUAGUUUUUGAAUUAACAUAUGAUACAGAGGAUAUGUUAUCAGCAAUGUUAUUUGUUGGUUCUUUUGAAUUUUUAUCUAUAUUUCUUUUAGCAUUAAUAGGUGGUUUAGUUUGGGAAGUAUUUUCAGUAGUUUCUAUGCAACUUAGAUAAUCAGAAGAAUAAAUUCCUUUAGAGAAAGAAAUAUCUUAAGAUUAAGAUUAAUAUGCUUUUUCAGGAACAUAAAUAGAUUCUAAAAAUACUCCUGAAACAGCUGCUAAUUAAUUAAAAAAGAAAACUCUUAUUUUAAAUGAUGAUAAUCCAGAUGUUAUUAAAUUUUAGAGAAAAUUAAGAUCAGAUAAAAAGAGUAAAUCACUUACUAAAGUUUAUAAUCCAUAAAGGAGUAUUUCUGAAUAAUUAAUUAAAGACGAGAAACCUGAUCUUACUAUAAGUUAACCUGGAUCUAGAACUCAUUUAUUACCUUUUCAUCAUUCAGGUCGUAAAUAGAUUGGAUUUUAAAAUACAUAAAUAAAUAAAUUAGGUACUAAUAUUGUUGAACAUUAUGAAUUACAUUUUAGAGAUUAUUAAGAAUGGUUAGUUAAAUAAUAAACAGAUGGUUUAGAUAUAAAUUAGGUAGCUAAUGAUUAUAUGAUUCAUUUAAGAAAUGAAAUUAAAAAAGAUGAAAUAUUUCAAAAAAAGAAUGUUAAUAUAUCUAAUCAUCAUUUGUUGAUUUAAAGUGCAGUUUUAAGAGAUGCAUCUGAAGUUUAUAUUAAAUAAUAAGAAGAUAGAUUUUUUAAGAUGUCAUUUGGAAAGAAAUUUGAGAGAAUAAAAGAAUUAAAAUUUUAGAGUAAAUUUAAAGUAGAAAGUAAAAUUAUAUUCUCAUUAAUGGGUAUCUUAAAAUUUCCAAGACCUAAUGUUAAAUAUUACUUUUAAAUUUUAUACUUAAUAGAAAAUUAUUUCACUUAUUAAUUACUUUCAGAUUCUUCUUUUUUUAAAAUGAUUCAUUAAAUAAAUAACAAAUGGUAUUCAAUAGGUAUUGAAGAUGGAUAAAUAAGUUUCUAAAGAUUAGAUGCUGGUCCUUGGGAUUAUUCAGAAGAAUUAUUUUCAUUAACUAAUAUGAGAAUAUGUUAAAAUUUAAGAUCUUUGUAUGAUACAGGUAAUUAAGAAUGUCUUUAAGCUAUUAACAAGUUUUCUGAAAGUGUUUAAUUAUUAGCUAAAAAUUUUGAUAUCAAUUUGUAGUCUAUUGAUACAAAUAGUAGUUGUCUUAUGUAUCAAAUAAAAAAUGACAGAUUUAUUCCAGAUAAUAUUGAGUCUCAUUCUUGGAAAAUGAAAAAAUGUAAUUAUUUCUAAUUUAACUUUUAUAGCAAAUGUGACUUUGGAUGAUCAAUCACCUAAUACUAAUUAAAUAGUUUUCUUAGAAUCGCAAAAAUUAAUUAAUGGUUAAGGUUUUAAUAAAAAAGAUUAGUCUAUAAGUUUGGAUGAAUAUAAGUAUGUUAGUAAAACUAUAAUGUUUGUGUUAACUCGAACUUAAGCUAAAGAAAAACGAAUAAUUUAUCAAAAUCUGGUUAUGUUAGCAUAAUUUCUAUAAGAUGUAGUAGGAGUCAUUCAUAAUUAUGAAUCUAAUUUUUUCAAAUAAAUUGAUAAUCUCUUUGAACUAAGAAACUAAUAAAAAGUUAAGACUGUACCAAAAGAGUGAUAUUUAAUAGGCGG